AAUUGAAAUGGACCAGAUGGAGUUAGCGAAUAAAAUUUCUGAAUUGUGCCUAAGCUUUUAUGAUAGACUUCCAAGCGCAAAGCGUUCGCUUAAAUCAAAUGAAUGGACAAUUUAUUCGGCAAUUGUAAUGGAAAGUGAUGAUAGAAAGUUAGAAGUAGUUAGUUGCGGAACUGGCACAAAAUGCAUCGGUAGUAUGAUGUUGAGUGAGUUUGGUGAUAUUCUCAAUGAUUCUCAUGCUGAAGUAAUUUGUAGACGUGCUUUCAUUCGAUAUUUAUUGUUUCAAAUUCGCGCUUCAAAAGCAUCCGAUCGACAAUCAAUUUUCCAAUUCGAUGAGAAGACAAUGAAGUUCAAAUUGAUGAAUGUAAAGUUUCAUAUGUUCACAACUUCAAGUCCUUGUGGUGAUGCCAGUAUUUAUUCAACGAAUGACAAUCAAUCUGAAAACGAAGAACCGGAAGCAAAGAAGGUUAAGAUGAGUGAACUUCCCAAUGGCUUCACCGGCGCCAAACUUUUGUUUUACGAAGAUGUCGAAGACGUGAUGGCACAGACGGAAGGAAAAAUCAGAAUCAAGCCAGGAAAGGGUGAUAGAACGAUGUCGCUUUCAUGUAGCGAUAAAAUUGCAAGAUGGAACAUGAUGGGAAUUCAAGGUUGUUUGCUUUCAUCGAUUGUCGAUCCAAUUUAUUUGAACUCCGUAAUACUUGCUGAUGGAACAUCAUUCAAUCAAACAGCAAUGGAAAGAGCGCUCUAUCGACGUUUUUCAGAUGCUGAUAAGUUUCUGAAUCAUCCAUUUAAGCUUCAUCGUCCAACAAUACUCGUUGCUAACAAUAAAUUAAAAUUUCCAUUCUGUCGGAAUGAUACAGAUCGAGUGAAUCCAUCAGCGAAUUCCAUCAUUUAUUCACGAAUUGAUGAGAGUGAACGACCCAUCGAAGUCGGUGUGAGUGGAAAACGACAAGGUGUCACUAAAAAGCAAAUGCAAACGCGUAAAGCACAUUUGAAGAUAUCGAAAAUUGAAAUAUUCACUGAAUAUUUAAACAUCUUGAACGAAUUUCCCGAAUUAAAAUCGCAUUUAUAUUCGAGUCUCAUUAAUCUCGAUGAUUUAUGUUACAAAGAUGUUAAAACAUCGACGACGAAUGAUUACAAUUUGCAAUGGAGACGAUUGAAGGAGAACUUCUUGCCAAAUUGGACCACGAAAAAUGAGAAUUUAUUGAAUUUCAAAUCUUGUUAAAGCAAUUGCUUCAAUGUGGAAACAUUCUUGAUGAAUUUAUCGCAUGAUACGAAUAAAUAAGAAAGAAAUGUCCACUCAUCGCAUAAUUUAAUGCUUCGCUUCGCUUCUUCUUCUUCCGCCUUUUUCUUCCUUAGAUAAAAAAAGAAAUUAUAAAAAUUUUGACUUAUGUAAGAAGAUAUUUCCGCAAAUCUAUGAUGAAAUCAAUAAUAAGAAUCGCAGUCGCGACUAAAAAGAGAAAUAAAAUAAAUUAUUCAUUAACAACAA